AUGCCAAUAGUAGAGGUAUGUAUUUUUCAUUUUUUUUUUUUUUUCAUUUCUCCAACUGUCAACGAGUUUUUUUUAAGUCAUUUUGGAAGGUUAAGUUUCAAGAAGCGGGAGUAGGAGGGGAAACCCAGCAAGCACGGAGUCUUGCCCGCACUCCCAAUUCCAAGAUCAAACUUUUAGUCAAGUUGCGCCAGAACGCGCAUCGAGCGACAUUUAUCCUCAUCUUCAAGUCAGCAACACCUCACUCGAUACUGCCUGUUUUUUUUUUUUUUUUUUUUUUUUGAGUUUAGUUCGAGGAUUGGGGAUCAAGUCACAUGCAUUUUGCCCUACUAGCUAAUUGGAAAAACUUUCAUGCUUUAAGAAGCAGGGAUUACCAAUUGUUUUUUUUCUAAGGGGAAACACACGUUGCUGCAGGUCCUCCCAGGCUCUCUUUGUUUUUUCCCUUGCAAAACCUUAAUAUGUAUGGGUUGGUAAAGGAAAUGGGGCAGGGGAGAGUUUGGGGAAGCCAAAGAGAGAGAGAGGGAGCUAAACCUCGAAGAAGCGAAAAAAAGACAAAGAAAAAUAGGACGAGUUUGAAGUGUGUUUUAUUAAGUGUGUUGAGACAAUAGAGGGAAAGGCAGAAAUAUACCCGUUUGGAGCAUAUACGAACAAAGUUCGACACGUUACUGCUACGAAAGAUGAAAAAAAAGUUCUAGUGCUUUUUAUUGUUCAUCGAUUUCACUAGAGGAUAGAUAGCGUCAAAACAUACUCGAUCAAGAUAUCAACCAGGAAAAUAGGAGACACACACACAUACCACAGUGUUGCCCCCACGAAGUUCACCUAUUUGAUGGCUGUUUCGAGUGGUAUAAUCGGCAAUAAAUUUCACACUGAGAAAGAGAGAAUGUGAGGGAGCGGGACAAGAACACAUUAUGCGGGUAGUGCAUACAAACCAAUAACCGGUAUACUUGUUUCCGAGCACAUUGCACGACUUUUCCCCUUUCCCAGUUCCACACUUGCAGAUUGCAAAUUCGGCAUUGUCUUCUGUUUUGAGUUAUGUGGCAAAGUGUAUUAUCACAUGAUUCGAACUAUAGCAGUGUUGCACCUACACGAGACCGGGAAAGUGCAAGACAAUUACCAUUACCGUUACCAGUUAGCAAGCACAUGACAUGCCAUUUCAUUCCCGUUCCCGUUUCCCGUUGCCAUCAUUCACAAAGGUGAACUAGUCCCUCUUCUGGGGGGCUGGUGCCCCUAUAACCCCAGAUGAUGACUUUCUCACUACUACCUUUUUUUUUUUCGUUUCAAUUGUGUUUCCAAGGAAUAUGUGCAUAUACACAUAUACACAUAUACACUUGAUAUCCAUUUUUAAGCUGAUGGCAUUUGCAGUAUACCGACUUGAGACCAAAUCUUCCAAAUACUUGAUGAAAUAUGACAAUUCCGUAUAACAGUUGACAAAAAGUUACCAAAGACUUCUUUUUACUAACAUCGUUUUUUUUUUUUCUUUUCUUUUCCAGAACUUCAAAAAAUUAUUUAACAACAACAUCAACAACAGUACUACCAAUACUAAUACUAAUACUUUUACUAAUAACAGUCAUAAUAAUUAUCCAACUACUGCUGUUUCAAAGACAAACAUUACCUCAUCGCACUUUAAUUGCAAACGUAACUCAUUUGGUGGUUAUUCAACACUUGGUCACAGAUCUUCUCCCGAUUUGACCAAGCUUGAAGAAGACGAUAAAUCGAUACUUUCCUCGGUGAUAUCAAAUGACUACUCGCAUAAUAUAAUGAAAGAUACCACUAUAUCGAAUCCAACAAUUGCCACCACUGUAACACCGUGUUAUUCUGUUAGCUCACCGCAAAUGGUGCUUGGUACAGGAACAGGAGCAGGCGACACUUUUAACACCAAUAACAACUCAACAGCGUCUUUUACCUUUGAUGCAUCGCUUCAUGAAUCGUAUCCAGAUUUACCACCUAAUUUCAGAAUCAUUGGUGUGCUUGGUGAAGGAGCAUUCUCAACGGUUUACAAGGCAGUUGACUUGAACUCGAAUACCCCAGUCGCAAUUAAAAUCAUCAGCAAAGCACACCUCACAUCGAAACAGUUUCACAAUAUCAAGAAUGAAAUCAAGAUUAUGAAGAGAAUCCACCAUCCAAACGUGCUUCAGCUCUUGAACUCGUUUGACACUGAAGACCACUGCUUUCUCAUUUUGGAGUACUGCAACGGUGGAGAAAUUUUUAAUAAAAUUAUAGAGUAUACCUAUUUUUCAGAACCUUUAUCGCGCCAUGUUUUCAGGCAGUUGUUAUCGGCUAUUGACAAUUUGCACAGGUUAAACAUUGUUCACCGUGACAUUAAGCCGGAAAAUUUGCUUUUCAAGAAGAUUCCAUACUAUCAAAGAUCGUCAGACGAGUGUCGCAAGGCCUUGAGAAGGUCGGAUGAAACGAGCAAGAUUGACGAAGGUGAAUUCAAGGCCAACAUUGGAGGCGGCACAAUUGGUAUGAUCAAAUUGGCUGAUUUUGGUCUUGCAAAACAGUUGGUUGACGAAAUUGACCAGUCAAACGUUCCUUUAAAGACUCCGUGUGGCACCGCGGGCUACACUGCACCCGAGGUCAUCACAUGCAAUGCAAGAAACACCUAUCUGAAUUUCCUGAAAAAAUCGAAAAACCACUAUUCCAAAGCUGUCGACAUUUGGUCGCUCGGCUGCUUCUUGUACACGAUUAUGUGUGGAUUCCCACCGUUUUACGAAGAUGAAACAAAUGACGUAACCAUGAAGAUCAUUAAUGGUGACUUUGUGUUUUUACAGCCAUGGUGGGAUGAAAUCAGCAAUGAAGCCAAGGACUUGAUCACCAAGAUGUUGAAUGUGAACCCUGAAGAGAGAAUUACAAUUGAGGAGAUUUGGAGACACCCGUGGGUCACCGAGGGAAACUCCGAGUUUAUGGGUAUGGGUGGCAAUGGGCAGGGAGAAGGCGUUGAGUUGACAAAUUAUUUCCAGCAAGGCUUUGAAGUCAGCCAUGUUGAAGACAUUUCAGCCACUCUGGACCUGUUGCCAAUACCAAUGUCGAAUCAACCGAUUUUGUCUCCAAGGGCAAGAGCGAUCAAGACUGUUUUUGACAACCCAGCCAUGUUGGGUGACAAUUUCAAAGAGCCAUCGUCGCAGUUUAUUGAGAACAUUGACGAGGAGGACGAAGACGAAGAUGAUGAUGAAGAGGAUGAAGAGGAUGAUGGUGAUGAUGAAGACUUUGAGCCAAUCGCACUUCACGAUACUCAUGGAGAGUAUGUGCGCACUCCAUUCCCAAAAGAAUUUAAUUUCAAGAAUGUUUUCAAUAUCGACAAGUCCCAAAUCGGUGCCGAUGUCGAUGCUGACGCUGAUGUUAACGUUGGCGUUGGCGUUGGCGUUGACGUUGAUGCUGAUGCCGACCACGAGGAUGAUUUUGAUGAUGAAAUCUCGGAGCUUGAGGACGAAGUGGCCAGUUUGCAGCUCACUCCAAAGCUCGUUACCCGUGCACGCAGCAACAGCAACGGCAACAGUUAUAUCCACAAUGGGUCGGCUUCGGUGCAAAACACUUUUGUUUUCCCAAGCACAGCAAGCUCGCACAAGCUCAACGACAGAGAGGAGGAGGAGAAGGAGGAGGAGGACGAAGAAGAAGAUUCUACGACAAAUUCAAAUCUGGACAAUGACGUUUCGGAAUAUCAAACUAGAUCAUCUAGUAUUAUCAGCGGCAUUGGUGGCGAUUACAAGUUCACAAUGAAUUUGAACGAUUCCAAUUUGUUGGCAAGAAGAAAGUCAUCGCUCAAGGGCAAUGCCCCCGGUGCCUGUUCCACUGCUAGCAGCAGCAUCACCACCGUCAAAGAAGUUGAAGGCUAG